GUAAUAACUCCAGUCAGGUCAGGACAAGGUUAUGUUUAUGAAUUCCCUUCCAAAUACCAGAAGGAUACGUAUGAUAUUCCCCCUGUGCGCCCUCUCCAAGGGAUAUACGACAUUCCACCCACAUCGGUUAAGGGGCCUGCGCUUCCAGUUCCCAUGGGAGAAGCAAAAGCUUUAGGAGUCUAUGACAUACCACCUGCCAAAGGGGUCUAUGCUACACCUCCGUCUGCAUGCCGAAAUGAUACAGGCCUGAGGGAAAAUCUGCAGGAUUUUUCAUCUCCAGUGGGCCACAGUGUAAGACCAGAAGGAGUAUAUGAUAUUCCUCCUCCUAUCACCAAAGCAACUGGGAAAGAACUUAAUAAAUUUUCUCCUGAGAGCCUUUUAUUGCCAGAUGGAGUGCCACAGAAACAGAGUGUUUACGACAUCCCUAUGAACCAUCAAAACCAUUUUCUUGGGCAGCAAAUUGCACCUCAAAAAGAUGUUUAUGAUACCCCAAGGGGAAUUGCAUUCCCAGGACAACAGACAGGACUCGGUGAAAGUCUCAUCCCAGAAGGAAGAGAAGGUGUGUAUGAUGUGCCACCAGCAGUCCUCCAAGACACUAAAGGUGUACAGGAUGUGACUGAUGGGAUAAAUAGGUUGUCUUUCUCCAGCACAGGAAGCACAAGGAGUAACAUGUCCACUUCUUCAACAACAUCAAAAGACUCUUUCUCAGCAUCAACUGCACAGGACAAAAGACUAAUCCUCGAUCCAGACACUGCUAUAGAGAGGCUUUAUCGCCUCCAGCAGAUGGUGGAGACAGCUGUCCAUAACCUCAUGGCCUUCACUACAGCAGACUGGCGGUCUUAUGGAUAUAUGGAGAAACACAUCAAUGAAAUUCACACUGCUGUGGAUAAGGUAGAGCAGUCGCUGUUGGAGUACCUCCAGUUUGCAAAAGGAUCAGCAGCCAAUGCUUCCUGCCUAUCUGAGUUCAGCCUCCUCAACAAAAUGAGGAGGGAGGUGCAAAGGCUGGAGGACUCUCACCAGAUCCUUACCCAAACCAGUCAUGACUUGAACAGCUACAACUGGUCUUUGAAUGUUCUAGCUGUCAAUAGACUGCAGAACAAGUGUGAUGACCUGGAUCGGUUUGUUAUGGUGGCAAGGACAGUCCCAGAUGAUGCCAAGCAACUGACCACUACCAUCAGCAUCAAUGCAGAGGUGCUUUUCAAACAGGCAUUGAGCAGCUCACGUUUCAAAAACAUACCAGAGAAUAUCGUGAACACUUCUGACUGUGUGUAUGACAAUCCUCAUAUGCAGCAUCAUGGAGAAAAAGCACAGAACCACUGCCGUUCCCUUCCUCCACUCCUGAGUAAAGGUCAGCACCCUCACAAUACCACCAGUGAGAGCUCGGAAAAGAGCUGGAUGGAUGACUACGAUUACGUUCACCUGCAGGGGAAAGAAGAGUUUGAAAGGCAACAGAAGGAGCUGCUGGAAAAAGAAAAUAUCAUCAAGCAGAGCAAAAUGGAGCUAGAGCACCAUCAGAUUAAUCAGUUUCAACGUCUGGAGCAAGAGAUCACAAAGCCAGUAGAGAACGACAUCUCAAAAUGGAAGCCACCUCAAGCUCUCCAGACUGCAAACAGCACCGCCACCUCCCAUGACAGCCAGCUGCUUUUAUUCUAUUCUGACCAAUGUGAGACUCACUUCAACUCCCUCCUAAAUGCCAUCGACGCCUUUUUCAGUUGCGUCAACGCUUCUCAGCCCCCGCGAAUCUUCGUGGCUCACAGCAAAUUUGUCAUUUUGAGCGCUCACAAACUUGUGUUCAUUGGGGACAUGCUCACGAGGCAAGUGACGACUCAGGACAUACGCAACAAAGUCAUGAACUCCAGCAACCAGUUGUGUGAACUGCUGAAGAGUGUUGUUCUGGCUACCAAGAUGGCUGCCUUGCAUUACCCCAACACAGCAGCCCUACAGAAGAUGGUGGACCAAGUAACAGAGCUGUCUCAUCACGCACAGUUGUUCAAACUCUCGUUGGUCCAAAUGGCAUCCUUGUGA